CAAUUACAACGUUGACAGCGCGUGACCAAGACAACUUCCUGAGAAAACGAGAAGGUCGUGUUUAGGAGACGGAGGCAUUCAUAAUUAAUAGGAACAAGAAGAAUAACAGCAGAUUGAUUCAUUACUACAGUGAGAAUGAAUUCGACACAGCUCUGCACUUCAUUCUCAAAAAGUCCUUCUUCCUCCGAUGGAGACUCCAUGGUUCUGUGGCACAUACAGAUAGUGUAUAUAACGAUCGUCAUCAGCAUAGCACUCAUUGGAAAUUUUAUCAUCUUCACAGCGAUCUGCAGCAUCAGACGUCUUCAUACAAUCGAUAAUGUGUUCAUUGCUAACCUGGCUGUUAGUGAUUUUCUCUUCACGCUCAUUGAAACAUGUUCCAACACAACCCGGAGGCACAAUGAGGCCUGGAAACCACCCCACGACUUUGUAUGUUAUGUAAUAAUGGCAUCAAGUGUCCUCUGUGCGUCCGCUUCGGUGUUCACUCAGACAGCAGUGGCUGUCAAUCGACAUUUCGCCAUUACGCGGCCGCUCCAGUAUCCAAACUUUGUUAACAAAACUAAAAUAUAUAUUUCCAUUCUAAUAAUAUGGAUCUUUGCAAUCGUUCUCGCCUCCCCACCGUUGAUUUGGCGACCUCAUAACGUUAUUUGCGGUGAAGUGGAGUCUUAUGACAAAAGCCCCACUUUUGAGAAGGUCUACAUGACUGUAGAAUGGAUUUUUAUCUUCAUAAUCCCGUUUGGAACCAUGUCGGCCAUAUAUUUUAAAAUCUAUCAAAUCGCUCGGAACCACGCCAACCGAGUGAAGCCUGGUACGAGCGAAGAGUCUGCCUCACGCACUGGCACCGGCGGUAGUGUGAGAAGAAUUCAGAUAUCAAAUUUCAAAAGACAGUUAAAAGCUGCCAAAAUGUUGGUGACCAUCGCUGGUGCCUUCCUGGUCAGCUGGCUUCCAUUCUUCGUGACCCUUACGCUGUGGAAGUUUCAGAAAGGAAUACAGAUAAAUCCUAAAGUUUUCACCAUAUUCCUGUACGUUGUUUACACUUUACCCGCCGUUAAUCCUGCAAUUUACGCCUUUUGGUCAAGAGAUAUACGAAAAGGGAUAAAACAGCUUUUGUUCUGUUGCAAACGAGACAGGUAGGAAACAUAAAAUCAGACGAGUGAGGGAAAGAACGAACGAAAAAGGUAUCCUUCGAGCAGGCCUUUAUAAGCCGCUCGGCACGAGGAGUUCUGCGCCCGCGAGCGGCACGAUGGGUUCUGCGCCCGCGGGAAAGUAUGAGGACUUGAGCAACGCGAGUUGUUGAGAGGUUUACAAGGAGCCUAGCCGGCCAGAUCACAGGCAUACCACAAAUCUUCCUGCGGGCAGAGAAAUGCGUAUCCUGCAGAGCUUGAUACGAUGGCCUAUCCAAAGGGUACGAAUAACGCAAAAAAUGAACGUAUAAUUGAACUGGCGCGAAAGAGACUGCCAAGUAACCCUGCAUUAAGUUAAGGAUCCUUAGCGAACUUAACUCUAGGUCGUGAACGAUCUGGAAACCGAAAGAGGACACUUUUUGGCCACACCUUUCAAUUUAUGCUUAUAUAUGCGCGAGUUUUAGGAGUCUUCACUGAUGCAGUUAUUUAAAGAUGAUUUUAUGAAAGAUGUAGUGAAAUCUUCAACUUGAUAUAAGGUGCAUUCUUUUCAUUCCCGCAAGCAAACAAAGUUUUCAGUUUUUAUCCCUGAAUAAACCAAGAUUGCGAGCGCAACACACGAAAGCGGCUGAAGUUCAGCAUUGUUGUCCUUCUCAAAAAGUCACCCGACUUGAUUGUUUAUAACAGAUGAUGAUGAUGAUGAUUAUUAAUCUCGUACCCAGAUCCUACCUGUAACUGUAACUGUUACUGAAAUGCUUACGAUUGCUUGGCCGUGUAAGGUCUGGGUACGAGACUAGGUAAUAAUGAUGAUGAAGAUAAUAAUGAAAUAUAUGAUAAUUAUGAUAAUUAUUGCAUGGUCAGUUCUGGUCUCACAUCUCCUAGUUGACAGAAUCAUUCUUUUCCAUCUCACAUAAUGUAG